UCUCCUUCCCUGUGCCAUCAACUAUAAAAUUAUCAAGAUAAAAUCAGCAAUACGAUCAGUACUUUUUGGAUUUUAUUGCAACUUAUGGCGGCAAUGCAGAGUGCAAUGAGGAUUACUGAGUUAACAAAGCUUUACAAAUCCUAAUCAUAAAAAGUUACUUAUGUAAUUCUUAUGUAAAAGUCUAUAUGUAUAGUGACCUCCGCCCUCUAUGUUUCCCAUGUUGCAUAUUAAUCACUUGAUCAUCCAUUCACUUGAAAUCAGAAGUUCUUGAAAAAUGUUUGAAUCUCGCAGGCCUAAGCUGGAUAUCUUCCUUAAUCUUACUUUUGUCGCAACCUGUUUACUUCUUAUUUUUACGGUUAACAUAGCUUCUAAGGUUUAUCUUCAACCCGAGCUGCAGAGUCGUGAUACACGACAUUCAGUAGAGUUUGAUAUUGAGGUUCGGUAUAGACCCUAUGAGAAGAGAGUGAUUGAUGAAGAGGAAAGUCAUAUGGAAGAUUAUGGCAAUAUAGUGCCUCCGAUCAAUGUGACGUUAUGGGAAAGAAUGGUGUGGUUCAAGAGAAAUUUGCCUCGGUUUGAGUUUAUGAAGUCUACCCCUGUGUCGAUGAAGUUUGAAGAGAGAGUUGAGGAGUUUCUUGGAGGUGAUCAAUGCAGAAUACAGUUUUUUAUGACAUGGAUUGCCCCGAUAAGUUUGUUUGGAGAUAGAGAGUUUCUGACCAUGGACAGUCUUUUUAAAGCUCAUCCCAAUGGAUGCUUGGUUAUCAUAUCAAGAACACUGGAUUCGUCUCAAGGGUUGAGGAUUCUAAGCCCUUUAGUUGAUAGAGGAUUUAAGGUUCUUGCAGUGACUCCGGACUUGCCUCAGUUGUUCAAGGAUACGCCAGCAGAGUCGUGGUUUGAUGAUAUGAAGAGUGGUGUCAAGGAUCCUGGUGAAAUUUCGUUGGCUCAAAACCUAUCUAACUUGAUCAGACUAGCAGUUCUCUACAAGUAUGGUGGAGUUUACUUGGACACGGAUUUCAUAGUUUUAAAAGAUUUUUCGGGGUUGAGGAACUCGAUUGGGGCACAAAGUAUGAACAAAUCAGGGAACUGGACAAGGCUAAACAAUGCAGUUCUAAUCUUUGACAAGAAUCAUCCACUUCUGUACAAGUUCAUAGAGGAAUUUGCAUUAAGUUUUAAUGGAAACAUAUGGGGGCAUAAUGGACCAUACCUAGUCUCAAGAGUAGUUUCCAAUUUGACAUCAGCUCAAGACUACAAUUUUACUAUUUUGCCUCCUAUGGCAUUUUAUCCUGUUUACUGGAGUCGUGUUGAUGGAUUCUUCAUGGGGCCUGAACAGGUUCGUCGAAGAUGGAUCGAACACAAGCUACAACAGCUCACAGACAUGACCUAUGGAAUGCACCUGUGGAACAAACAAAGCAGCAGACUUACAAUUGAACAAGGAAGCAUAGUGCAGAAAUUAAUCUCAGAGCAUUGUACUAUAUGCAAGCAUGAAUAUACUUCUUAGGCAACAUUUUCAGAUGUUAAAGCUUCCUUAGCUACAUAUAUAUACAACAAGAAGCAUACGAAAACUGUGAAUACAUAGAACUAAAGCAUGCAAACAUCGAUUUUUCUUUUGUAUAAUUUAUUUCCCUCUGUAAAAUAUAUAGAAAAUUGUCUUUUUUCUGUUUUCAA